UAAAGGCUGAGGAUCUACUAUAAAGGAAAGACCUCAAUCAUUGGAUCUGUGCUUCGAGCUGCACUGUGGAAGGCCUAAGAUCCAGUAAAAUAGAUGGGCCGUAUUGAACUGAGGCUACCGUGAAAAUCCCCCGGAGGCCCGGGACAGAGCCCAUAGCACCUUGCCUCGGCUCGCCGCCACGCUCCAGAUCGCGAUGCCGGGAACGAGAGGCCCCGCCGCGCUCGACGACCUGCCGGAGGAGAUCACCGACGACAUCCUCCUCCGGCUGCCGCCCAAGGCCGUCGGCCGGUGCCGCGCCGUGUGCAGAUCCUGGCGCGACGCCACCUCCACGCCGGGAUUCGCGCUCGAGCACCGCCGCCGCCAGCCGCCGCUCCCCGUCAUCAACGCCCUCUACGCCGGCGCCGGCCUCGUCCUCCUCCCGGCCAGUGCCGGCGCCGCCAGAGCCUCCGAUAAGCCUCUCUGGCCCUUCCCCCCGGGCACCAAACCCCGACACCAACCCAUCCUCGGAAACACCUGCCACGGCUUCAUCAUCGUCUCCAAGAAAUCCCAAUUCUACAUCUGCAACCCGGCCACCCAUAGGCGCGUUCUCCUGCCGCAGCCUCUCUACGGUGCAGGAUUUAAGAACACCAUACUCGGCCUGUACCGGCACCGUUCCACUGGGGAAUACAGGGUGCUGAUCUUGAAUUCCAUGGACAGGUCUGCAGAACUCAGCUGGUAUUUUGACGACAGCUUAUACGUCCUCACGGUAGGAUCCGAUGAGCCGAGACACAUCGCAGUCAGAACGCAACCAAUGUCGCCGCCUUCCAUGGAACAAAACUUGCUCAAUUCCCUUGGGACCAGUCCACCAGCUCACCACCGUGGCAACCUGCACUGGAGUCCUUAUGGUGCCGGAGAGUCGACAGGCGGGCACGGGGACAUCAUCGUGUUCGACACCGAAGCCGAGUCGUUCUGGUGGAUGCACGGUCCUGCCCCGGCCAAGCUAUCCGAUCAUAAGAAGUUUCUUGACAUGGAAGGGAAGCUUGCUUAUGUUCUCUGGGAAGGCAGAUCUCCAAUGUGUUUCGCCGCUAUGGAUGUCUGGGCGAUGCAGGAUUACGAAGCCGAAACCUGGUCCUUCCGGUACCCGAUCGACGUGUCAACGGUGGAGGCGUCGAGACAACUCUGUACAACUCCUAUUCCUUGCGAAAAGAACAAGAAAACGCCGCUUGAUUCAAAGGUGAGAUGGUUCAAUGAUAUGGCUAUGGUCAACGAUCGUGAGCUGCUGAUCCGGUUCAAUAAUAAGCAUGUGUUGCGCUGCGACACUGAUGGCGAGUUCUUGGGAUUGGUGGCCAUUGGAUAUAGGCAGUACCGUAUGCACCUCACUCCGCAUCGCCUCCAAGAGAGCAUUAUUCCAAUUCCGUCUCAUUGAGAUGCAAGAAGAAGAUGAGGAGCGUCCAUUCUUCAGAGGGCAUGCCUGAAUUGCCCUUAUAGUAACUACCUGUAUAUCCUAUACGAGAGUCAUAUGUCUUCUGUUCUUAUCUUCUUUCUUGUUAGUACUACCAAUAGAACAUGUCACUUUGGAUGGUCGUGGUAGCAUCUAAGCUGUCAUCAUUUGUUGUUUAUUAUGAUGUCUUGACCAUCCUAAUGUUCUGAAAUAUGGAGUAUUUACCUGUGCAAUUAGAGUUUCGGUUUGCGUUGUUAAAAGGCACAAUGAUAUUCA